AUGAGCAUGACUGUUGGCUUUCUCAUUUAUAGUAUUUCUUUAUUCUUCUUUUCUUUCACCUUUGCUAGAUCUUCUUUUUUUUUCUUUUUGUCACAACUUCUGUGCUUUAUCUAUCUAUCUAUCUAUCUAUCUAUCUAUCUAUAUCUAUCUAUCUAUCCCAGUAUGUUCUUUAUCUAUCUAUCUAUGCCUGUUCUUUAUCUAUCUAUCUAUCUAUCUAUCUAUCUAUCUAUCUAUCUAUCUAUCUAUCUCAGCCUGUUCUCUCUCUCUAUGUCUUUUAUCUUUAUCUAUCUAUCUAUCUAUGUCUGUUCUUUAGCUAUCUAUCUAUUUAUCUAUCUCAGCCUGUUCGCUCUCUCUAUCUAUGUUUGUUCUUUAUCUAUCUAUAGAACUUUAUCUAUCUAUCUAUCUCUCUAUCUAUCUAUCUAUCUAUCUAUCUAUCUAUCUAUCUAUCUAUCUAUCUAUGUCUCUCUCUCUUUCUCUCCCUAUUUGAUUCUGUUCAUCUCCCUCUCCUCUCUCUUUCCAUCUCUGUUCAUUAUCUAUCUAUCUAUCUAUCUAUCUAUCUAUGUCUCUCUCUCUUUCUCUCCCUAUCUAUUUGAUUCUGUUCAUCUCCCUCUCCUCUCUCUUUCCAUCUCUGUUCAUUAUCUAUCUAUCUAUCUAUCUAUCUAUCUAUCUAUCUAUCUAUCUAUCUAUCUAUGUCUCUCUAUCUCUCCCCAUUCUAUUUGA